AUUCCGUAAAAUGAACAAGCGUCUGGUUCCCAGAAGACCCCUGAGUGCCUCCCUGGGCCAGCUAAAUGAGGUGGGCCUGCCUUCAGGACCUAUCCUCUCGGAGGAAGGGGGAGUGGACUUGCCCAAUAGGAAAACUUCUGCUCUGCCAAAUGGAAUUGUGUCAACAGGCAGCACAGUGACGCAACUUAUUUCUCGAGGGACUGACUCCGGCUACGAAACUGCUCUGAAGCCAGGAAAGAUGGACCAUCUGAGUAGCAGUGCCCCUGGAUCCCCUCCUGACUUGCUGGAGCCUGUCCCCAAGAGCUCUAUUUCUGCCUUACCAGUGAACCCUCAUCCUGUGCCUGCUCGGGCACCAACAGAUCUGCCUUCAGUGUCUGUCACCAAGCAGCUGCAAAUAGUACCACGAGGGUCUCAGUUGUAUAAUACCCAGCAAGCAGAUAUGUUUUAUCAAGAUCCCAGAGGAGCUGCCCCACCGUUUGAGCCAUCACCCUACCAACAAGGAGUUUAUUAUUCCACCCAGUCCAUACCUCGCUUCGUCCGACCCCCUCCAUCAGCUCCUGAACCUGGUCCACCUUAUUUGGACCAUUACCCACCCUACCUUCAGGAUCGUGUGGUGAGCCCGCAAUACACGCAGACGCAGCAGUAUCCUCCGAUGGGACAACCCAUAUACCCGCCGCACUACGACAGCCGGCGCGUAUAUCCCCCUGUCCAGCCGUAUCAACGAGAGGAGAUUGUCCGAGGGAGCCCUGUGCCCAUUGAAAUUCCACAAGCAGCUGUACCUUCCUACGUACCUGAAUCCAGAGACAGAUACCAGCAAACAGAGGGCUAUUGCCCCGUGGCUCCACAUCUCAAUCAGAUCAGACCUUCAUGCCACAGGCCUCAUCCCAGCCUGGAUGAACUUCACCGACGAAGGAAAGAGAUCAUGGCCCAGCUAGAAGAGAGAAAGGUGAUUUCUCCACCUCCUUUUGCACCAUCACCAACCUUGCCUCAUCCUUUUCAUUCAGAGGAGUACUUGGAUGAAGACCUGAAGGUAGCUGGGAAAUACAAAGGAAAUGACUACAGCCAAUACUCUCCCUGGUCCUGUGACACCAUCGGCUCCUACAUUGGAACCAAAGAUGCAAAACCCAAAGAUGUUGUGGCAGCAAGGAGUGUGGAGAUGGCGAAUGUAGAUAGUAAAGCCAUGCGUGACCAGCGAUUAGACAUGCAGCGAAGAGCAGCAGAGACUGGUGAUGAUGACCUCAUUCCAUUUGGAGACCGACCAACUGUGUCGAGAUUUGGGGCUAUUUCUCGUACUUCCAAAGCGAUGUACCAGAAUUCUGGUCCCAUGCAGGCCAUGGCUGUUCAGGGAGCUACCACCAAAUCAAUCAUUUCAGACUACAAUCCUUACGGAAGUCACGGUGGCUGGGGAGGCUCUCCAUAUUCUCCUCAUCAAAACAUACCUUCUCAGGGACGUUUCAGUGACAGGGAGAGACUAUCCAUGUCAGAUGUGACUGGUCAUGGAAAACAGUUGCCUUCAGCAGAGCGAGAACAGCAGCUGCGCAUGGAGCUGCAGCAAGUAGACCAUCAGAUUAGCCAACAGACGCAAAUGCGAGGACUAGAG